AUGGAAUCCGCCGCGACCAAGGAAAUUAUAACUUCUAAAAUUAUUUAUUAUACAUCUUCCUCGGCUGAUGAUAUUUCCGAAUUUAAUGAAACUGAUGAAAUUUUAGAUAUUUACUUAUCUUUUCAAGAGAAAUGUGCAUCAAUUUCGUCUAAUUCUUCUACUAUGGAGAAUGAUACUAAUGUUGAACUAGAACAAAAUAACGAAGGGUUCCAUUCACAAUUCAAAUAUUUAGAAGAAAAAGUUAGAGAGCGAGAAGGAGAAACAAAAGCUAAUCUCAAUAAUUUAGAAAAAAAGAUUAGUGAACGAGAAGAAAAAAGAGAAUCAGUAAUCUUGGAUUAA